AUGGACAAAAGUUGGAUGACGAAGUGGAGAGGUUCGAGGGAGUAUAUGGAAGGGGCCGAAGCGUUCGUGAAGUAUGCAGUUACGAACUCCAGAAAUAAAAAUUCAAUUGUGUGUCCAUGCAAGAAGUGUGGUUUGAAUAGGAGCCUACGGCCAGAAGAAGUAUAUGACCAUUUGACCGGUGGAAGGGGAAUUAUGCCUAAUUACACUGAAUGGAUUUGGCAUGGGGAGAAGAUUAGGGCUCCUGUACCUAAUAAAGUAUGUGUUGUUGAAUCUCCUAGGCCGGCUCCGGCUGCAAAUAUUGUACCAAUACUUGACGAGUCAAGAACGAUGCAGUCCAUGUUGCAAGAUGUUUUUGGCAUGCAUAGUACUCGGGCAGACGAUGAUGAGUGUCAAGUGGAAGUGGAAGCCGAUUAUGUACCUGAAGCAGUUGAUGAAGAGAUCAAUGAGAGUGCCAAGAAAUUCUACAACUUGGUUCAGGAUGCAGACAAACCACUUCAUGAUAAAACACGAUAUAGCAAAUUGUCAGCUAUUGUUCAUCUAUACAACUUGAAGUGUGUGGGUGGACUCAGUAAUACGAUUUUCACAUUGUUGCUUGAGUUCAUCAAUGAGAUAGUACCAACAGAUGAGCCAGCUUUGCCUAAAAGUAUGUAUGAGACAAAAAAAUAUUUAAGAGACUUGGGGCUUGGAUAUGAAAAGAUUCCGGCUUGUCGAAAUCAUUGUAUGUUAUUCUGGAAGGAAAAUGAGAAGUUAGAUACAUGUACAGUGUGUGGAGCAUCAAAGUGGAAGGACGAAAUUACUGAAGAAGAUGGGUCAUCCCGAACAUUGAAGAGACGACCGGUAAAGGUGUUGCGGUGGUUUCCAUUGGCUUCAAGAUUGCAAAGGUUGUACAUGUCACAACAUACCGCUUCCCACAUGAGGUGGCACGCUGAUGGGCGCACAAAAGACGGUGUGCUCAGGCAUCCGGCAGACGGUGAAGCUUGGAGAACAUUUGAUACACUGCACCCAAACUUUGCAUCAGACCCACGAAAUGUUAGGCUUGGUCUAGCGUCGGAUGGUUUUAACCCUUUUAGGAACAUGAGCACAAGCCACAGUACUUGGCCUAUCAUGUUGGUUCCAUACAACCUACCUCCUUGGAUGUGCAUGAAACAACAGUAUUUCCUAUUAUCUAUGAUUAUUCCAGGCCCAACUGCACCAGGAAUGAAUAUAGAUGUCUACCUACAACCUUUAAUAUCAGAGUUACAAGAGUUGUGGAAUGUAGGGGGGUUCAAUGGCAUGUCCUUGUUGUAUGCAUUCAACGAGGUCAACAUGGUUGACAUACGGGCAUAA